CACAACGCAACACAAUUCAAUUUGCAGUUCCAAUAGUAAUCGUAGCUCAAAUUAUUUUGCACUUUAGUGUGUGAUGCAGCAGCGAGGAAGGAUCCAAAACAGCAGAUCAAGGUCGUUUUCAAGAUCUCGUCUUGCCGUUGAGGGAUUUUAAAUCUUUUUCGCUCUCUUUUUUCUUUAAAAGAAAAAAAAAUCGAACUCUUAAAAGCUUACUAGCGAUCUUUCUCCGGUAACCAUGGCGACUAACGGUGAACGUGAGGUUCAAAAGAACUACUGGAUGGAACACUCCAUUGAUUUAACAGAGGAUGGUACGAUACUUGAUUCCAAGGACGCAGAUCUCGACAAAGAAGACCGACUCGAAGUGCUCUCCCUGCUCCCGCCAUAUGAAGGGAAAUGUAUUUUGGAGUUAGGAGCUGGCAUUGGUCGAUUUACCGGUGAAUUAGCUCAGAAGGCUGAUAGUGUUAUAGCUUUAGACUUCAUUGAGGAUGUUAUCAAGAAGAAUGAAAGCAUCAAUGGACAUUAUAAGAACAUCAAAUUCCUUUGUGCCGAUGCGACUUCCCCAGAUUUGGAUAUUUCAGAAGGAUCAAUGGACUUGAUAUUCUCAAAUUUGCUGCUGAUGUAUCUCUCAAAUGAAGAGGUAGAGAAUUUGGCCCAAGGGAUGAUGAAAUGGUUGAAAGUCGGAGGACAUAUUUUCUUCAGGGAGGCUUGUUUUGAUCAAUCUGGCGACUGCAAGCAAAAGCAUGCCCCUUCUCACUACCGUGAGCCAAGAUUUUACACACAGGUCUUCAAAGAAUGUCAUGCAACUGAUGAUUCAGGAAACUCGUUUAAACUUUCUUUAGUUGGCUACAAGUGCAUCAGUGCUUAUGUUAAGCACAAAAAGAAUCAGAAUCAGAUUUGCUGGAUCUGGGAAAAGGUCAGUUCAGAUAAUGAUGGUGGAUUCCAGCGGUUCUUGGAUACUGUUCAGUACAAAGCUAAUAGCAUACUUCGUUAUGAGCGUACCUUUGGUGAAGGAUUUGUGAGCACUGGAGGAAUAGAAACAACGAAAGAAUUUGUGGCGAAGUUGGAUCUAAAGCCUGGCCAAAAGGUUCUAGAUGUUGGCUGUGGCAUAGGUGGAGGUGACUUUUAUAUGGCAAAAGAAUUUGGAGUCUAUGUUGUGGGCAUCGAUCUGUCCAUAAAUAUGAUAUCUUUUGCUCUUGAAAGAGCCAAUGGACUCAAUUGCUCUGUGGAAUUUGAAGUUGCUGAUUGCACUACAAAGACUUAUCCAGAUAACAGCUUUGAUGUUAUCUACAGCCGUGACACGAUUCUACACAUUCAAGACAAGCCUGCACUAUUUAGAUAUUUCUACAAAUGGUUGAAGCCAGGGGGCAAAGUUCUUAUAAGUGAUUACUGCAAAAGCGCAGGAGCUUCAUCGCCUGAAUUUGCAGAGUACAUCAAGCAGAGAGGCUAUGAUCUCCAUGAUGUAAAAGCUUAUGGCCAGAUGCUUACGGAUGCUGGUUUUGAUCAGGUCAUUGCAGAGGAUCGAACCGAUCAGUUUAUACAAGUUCUGCAGCGUGAAUUAGACAAAGUUGAGAAGGACAAGGAUACCUUCAUCACCGACUUUUCUCAGGAAGACUAUGAUGAUAUCGUUGGGGGAUGGAAGGCAAAGCUGAUUAGGACCAGAUCUGGGGAGCAGAGAUGGGGCCUUUUCAUUGCCAACAAAAACUAAGUCCUGCUUCUUCUCUAAUGUUACUUUCUCAUUUCUCUAAUAAAUGAUUCAUGGUAAUAAGAGUGUAGUUAGCAUUAGUUGUUUCUACUUGAUGCUUGUUGCUUCUGAUGUUAUGAACUUAAACAUCCUUUUGCCUUGAAUAAAUUAUCCCUUUUUCGUCA